CAGGAGUGUGCACCCCACCACCACCCUCCUCGCACCCUACCCCGGCUCCCCAGCCGCCAACCUGCCGCCCGGCCUGCUCGUCAUCAGCAGCCGCGCAGCAACACUGUACUCCUCGCCGCCACCACUGUACGACAUAACCGCCGCCGUUACGGCAGCGGCGGCUGCGGCGGCGGCGCAGGUUUCAACAGGAGCUUCACCUUCCCCCUCAUCCUCCUCCUCCACAGCAGCAGCGGCAGCAGCUACGGCGGCAGGGUCCUCCUCAUUGCCCGCGGGGCCUGAGGCGGUGGAUGCGGAGGAGGCGGCGGUGGCGGCUUUCUUCGAUGCCGCGUUUGGAAGGGACGCGCUAGAGGAUGCGGCCAUUGCCUUUGCGGAGGGAGCGGGUACAAUAUCUUCCGGAACCGCAGCAGCAGCCUCGGCGGCUGCUGGGGUGAGCAACGGCACCAUGCCUGGUAGCGCUGUGGUACGCCGAAUCGAGGUGGCACAGUUUGGGACCCUCACGAUGGAGGAGCAGGAGGCGGCGGCAGGGGGGACGGAGGGUGGGAAGGUCGGAGGCAUGGCCGGUCUUCCGACCUGCGUGGAGGAUCUAGCAGCCGGGGUGUAUGUGGUGGGCGACAGCAGCGCAGGCCUGCACCUGCUGCACACCGCGGGACCCCGCCCCUGGAGCAGACCCCUGGAUUGCGGCCUGGAGGACCUGCCGCUGCCCAAUGCGGCGGUUGCAGCGGCUGCCGUACCGAGUGUCCUGCGCUACCUGCCGUACUGCCGUACCUCUGCUGCUGUUGCUGCUACUGUUGAGAAGGGAAAGAAGGAACAGGUUGAGCCCGACGAGGAGGAGCAUUACAGCGGGCUGUUGUUCGUGGGUAGCAGCAGCAGCAACAGUCAGGUGCUGGCGGUGCCGGCCGCAUGCACCUCGCCUGCAUGCCGGCCUGCUGCUGCCGCUGCCACCGCAUCGACCCCCGGUCAACCCUCUGCUGCCUCCACCUCCACGCUCCCCGCCCGCUCCCCGCUGCGGUGGCCGCUGGCGGAGGUCGCGGCUAUCAAGAGCCUGGGACCCGUGAUGGAUGCGGUGGUGGUGCCGGAUGCGGAGGGCUGCGAUGACCCCUGGCUGGUGGCGAGUUGCGGCCACGGACCCGCGGGUCGGCUGAUCCGCGGCAGGAUGGCGGCGGGACUGCAGCCGUACAUGGGGGAGGGGCCGCAAGUGCCGGACGGAUGCCGCCUAUUCGCACUUCGGCUUGGUGCAACCGCCGCCACCUCCUCCCCCUCCUCUUCCACCACCUCCCUCCCGACCUCCUCCUCCUCCUGCAUGCGCCCGCACACGCACGUGGGGUUCAGCUUCGAUGCCGCCUGCCGCACCGACCUGCUGUGUGUGGCGGGAGGAGCGGGGGGAGAGUUCACACAGGUCGAGCUGCCGGGACUGGACCACGGGUCCGCCUCGCUGCUGCUGGCUGACUUGGCGGCGCAGGCGGAUGAGGAAGGUGGUGGUGCAGCAGCAACAGCAGUGGUGGGGGGAUCGCGGCUGGUGCAGGCGACACAGGCGGGCGUGCGGGUGCUUGAGCCGCUGGCAGCGGGAGGGGGACUGGCGGCGGAGUGGAGGGCACCAGAGCCCCUCUCCCUGGCAGUUCACAACGGCGGCCGCAUCCUCGCCGUCGCCAGCCGCUCCCGCCUCACCCUGCUUGCCGUACAGCCACACACCGGUGCCGUACAACAGCUGUCGUACAUUCAACUCUCCGCACAGCUCUCGGCACUGACACUGUGCAGCCUGCCGCCGCACCUAAUCCCGCCUCCGUCAUCUUCACCUUCACCUUCCUCGUUAACGUCAUCGUCAGCUGAAGCAGCAGCGGCGGCGGCGGUAGCGGGA